UUUCUUCGUCUUCACUUCUUCUCCCUCUGCUCUGCGGAUAGUGAGAUAUGAGAAAUAAAUCGGUACAUUUCGACGGGUGUGGCAGAGAGAGAAAUCCAGAAAUCAACAACAUUUUUGUGGAAUAUGUGUCAACGUUAAUCGUUUCUGCUAUUGCCGUUCUUGGUUAACUGCUAAGAAUUUUGAUCACAGCGACAUCUGUCAUUUCAACACACAUUUAGGUUACGUUACCCACAGUACAAAUGAAUACAAUGGAAGUUUUAACUGCUAAAAAUUUAAAAUCUAUUUUACCAUCACCACAUCGCACCCAGGGAGAUGGUAUGGAAAAUGACGUUGAAUCUCUUACUAAAUCUGAAACUCAGCCAGGUACAUCCUCAAAGCCAUCCAAGAAGUCACUGGUUGAUGAUUUUUUAUACCGUCCCGCUGAUGUAAGCCAACGUAGCUUACCGCCUCCUGUACUGCCUGGCCGUAUGGUUAGUCUGACUUCAAACAACAUUAUACACCUUAAGAAAGACAAACAUAAUACAAUUGGUUUCAAAUCCAAGGAGCCAAAGUUUGUGCCCUAUGAGCCAUAUAAGGCGGCAGUCAACCCAAUUGUGCCUAUUCCAAGACACAAAGGUUCCAUGAGAGCUCUUAUGACGUCAACUGCGGCUUGUCACAAAAGUUCUAUCAAAGAAGACAAGAUACGGAAAGAAUCUAUUAAGAGUUCAGUUUCGACUGAACCAGAACAAUCAAAGGAAGGAGGAGAGUGCAAACCAGCAUCUCAAAGCAGGGAUGAGGCUGUUAGUUCUGAUUCAAGUAAUGAAUGGAAGCAAGAGAAGAAAUUGAUGGAGGCAGAAAUUCAGCAACUCAAGGAUGACAACUGUCAAUUAGAGAUUCAACUGAAAUUUCAAACACAGGUGAAUGGUGAACUGAAGAAACUUCUUGUUGCUGCAGUUGGAGAAGAUAUUGAAACAAGGGUGAAUCAUUUGACAGAGGACAAAGUUCACCUGGCAAGGGCUUUGUUAACAUCAGCCCAAAGUCAGUCAACUCACCAAGAACAAACUGAAUGGUUGGCAGGUCAAUGUGAAGUAUGGCGAAGCAAAUUUCUUGCCAGCAGCUUAAUGGUAGAGGAACUAGCCCGAUGGAAAGCUGCGUUGAGUCAAAAAGCUAUUGACUUGCAAGAGGUUGUACAGCGAAUGUUGGAGGAAAGAUGUAAAAUUCGCUCAUCUCUACUAGAUUGUCAUAGAAAACUUAGUGUUCUGAGAGAUAAUUUUGACCUAGUAUCAGCAGUGAGUGGAGGUCACAGCACCUCACGUCGGCAUUUAUCCUCAAGUAGUAUUGUUGACCUCACCAAUGCCAAUCAGAAGCUUUGUGAUGCAGUUACUGUUCAGUUACUUGGCAGUGCCAUCAACAAGAUUGCAAAAUUCUCCCUUGACUACCAGAACCUUGAUCAGUACACUCCGACAGAAAAAGUUGCACUACAGUUGCUGCAGCAGCCUGUCACGGCUCUCCUCGCCGGUGGCCCCGAUGCGGCAUGCAACGCCGUGAUGGGAGCCGCCAUGGCUCUGGGAGGGUCCCAGCUGUUCCCUCAAGCUCCCCGCUUCGCCUGCUGUGCACACUGUAGUGGGGAAAUAAAGCAAAUGUGAUGUCAAAAAGAAAUGCUGUUUUAACUUCGAUUUUUGAUAAUAAUCAGGACCACACUUUCUAGACCUAAAUUUAUAGGGGGUGGAAAAGUAUAAGCUUUUGUUGUGUGUGUAAAAUUUUGUACCUUGACUCCAUAAAUAAUGAAUUUGUGACACUGUGAUUCAACGUCUUGGAUUAAUGGAAAUUUUUAAUAACUUUUGUAUUAUGUACACAAAUAAUUUAAGAUACCUUUGUAUAGUUUAGAUAUUUACUCUUUUGAGUUUAAUCAAUUGUUGACAAAUUGUAUAGUAUUUUAAUAUGUUACCUUAGUAAGAAGCACUUAAAUUGAUAUAGCUGGAAAUGAAGUUGAAGUCAAUUAUUUGUACUUUGUGAUCUGUGAUGUUACUGUUAGUGUUUUAUUUUAGUUGCUUUUUUUCUGUUCUUGGUUUCAUCCAUGUUCUUAUUAGAGCAUUUUGUGAUAACUCACAAUAAAAUUAAAAAACCCAAGUGCC